AGGCGCGGCAGAGAUGGCGAGCGCGGGCGUCCAGCCCAAGCAGAGUUGGCUGCGCCGUCUGAGGCGACAGAAGGUGCAGAUCCGUGAGUGGCGGGCAGCACCUCAGGAGGCUGAGGAGCACCGUGACUCCUGGGCUGGGCCUGGCGCGCAGGCGGCAGCAGCAGAGAGCCGGGCAGCGGCCCCGCACAGCCCCAGGGCCCGCGGCCGGGCUCUGCUGCACUCGCUGCGGCGCGGCUCCCGGGCCAUCCUGAGCAGGGUGGCGGCUGUGAUCCGGCCACACGGCCAGCAGCCGGGGACACAGCAGCACCGCUCAGGGACGGCGGCAGCAGCUCCCGCAGCAGGGGCACAGAGUCGGGCAGCUGCCCCGCACAGCCCCUGCUGUGUCCCCAGCCCCUCGCCCGGCCAGCUGGAAGAGCUGGGGCUGCGGGCAGGGCCGGCAGGGAUGACGCUCCUUAAGGAGCUAGGGAGCGAGGAGUGGCACUGGUCUGAUGAUUGCCAAGCUGAGAGUGGCCAGGGUGAAAGCCUCUCAGAGUCCAGUUCCUAUGAUGCAGAUGAACUGGAGCAUUACAGAGGCACAGGACCAUUCCUAGGGGGUGGGGAAAGGUCCCGCUCUGAGAAGCUCAGGUCUGGCUCAUCCACAGGGUGGGCAAUAGAGACAGACCUGAGCAGGAGCGCUGAGGAGGAGAGCACCUCAUGGUCCCUCCAAACUGAGGCAUGGCCCGAAGACACAGAGCUAAACAGGAUGACCAGGGAAGAGAUUGGCUUAGUGUCCCUGCCACGCAAGGCGUGGACAGAAGACCAAGUCGGAAGCUGCAGCAUUGAGGAGGACAAUGCCUCUGGGUCCCUGUUAUGUGAGUCAUGGGCAGAAAGCUCAGAUUCUGAGUCCUGCAUAUUGCUAGAGGAUGGUCUAGAUGAGCUGGAGGCAGCCUGGAUCUGCCAAUCCCAGGUGAACCCACCGCUCCUGUACAUGGGCACAGGUAUCAGAAGUCCGGAGUCAGAAGGAAGCCUGUCUCAAAUGGAAGAUACAGAGACAUUUAACAGAGAAAGGCAGACUGUCCUGAAGGCCGCUUUUUGGGAGGACUUGGAGAGGGAGAGGCAGUUAAUUGAGCGUUUGCAAGGCCUGGACUCAGCUGCAGCUGUCCCUGUGCAGCACCUGCUCCCCUUCAGGAGGGCACUCAAGGCUCUGCGCAGGGCAUUCCGGAGCCUCAGACACCUCAUUCCAGGGCUCCAUUCUUAGGAGUGUCUUAGAUUCCAAUAAAUAAAAUGCAACCAAGAGUGUGUAUUCUAUCAUCUUCUGUUAAAACCAGGUGGGGCAGUGUUCUCCAUCUCUUCCAUGACUCAUCCCUGAUAACUCCCUUUGGAGGGAUAUCAGCUGUUAAAGGACCAUCAGGCCCCAGUGCAUCACUCACAAAUGACAUCAUCUCAUUGUGAGAUGCUCUGCCCAGGGGCAGGAAGCAAGCAUUCCUACCUGGACAUAAUCUGAAUUUGAAACACCACAGUAGCCUUUACCUACUGGAUUCCCAGAGGGCAAGAGCUACAUAACCACCACUGCACCUUCAGAGGAAGACCUGACCCUUCUACAAUAUCACCACUGCAACAGAACCACAUCUGUCUCUUCAACAGGAUUGCAGCCACCAUUUAAUGGGACUGCUAGCACCACCUGAGCGGCAGGGUGUCAGGUUGUAUCCUGACUCUGCCACUGU